CGCCCAGGAACGUCUCUAAUAAAUCAAUCGGCGAUUAUUAAUAGACAUUUUUUUCCCUUGAAAGGGAAGAAUCCCAAUAAUUAGGAGAUUUCAAUUUUACAGCACGAUCGAACGGUGAUUCUGGAAACUGUUUUACUGAGUAAAAACUGGACGGUGUGACGGAAUUUCUUGAAAAAGGAUUAGAGAGGCUAGAGAAAGUGAGGUUAGGCGGCGGAAAGGGCCCGCGCUCGCUGUCGACACGGUCCUGGAUUUACGUGGAAUUUCCAGCAGGACGUGUCACGCGGCAACUCCGGGAACGGCGAGAUGUCACGGGAAAGAAGCUGGAAGACAUUUUAUUGCAUAUUUUCCGGUUUUUUGGCCACCGCGAGAUGCGUCGUUCCCGAAAACUCGGAGGCGGCGCCCAAGAACGCUCUUCUGUUGCUAGCUGACGAUGGUGGGUUUGAGAUGCGAUCCUACUUGAAUAAAGUUUGUCAGUCUCCAAAUUUGGACCGCUUGGCUAAAGAGGGUUUGUUAUUCAACAAUGCCUACACUUCUGUCAGCAGUUGCUCGCCCAGCCGCUCAGCAAUUCUAACUGGAACUCCGAGUCACCAAAAUGGAAUGUAUGGAUUGCAUCAAGGAAUUCAUCAUUUCAAUUCUUUCCAAGAGACCCGAAGCUUACCAAAAAUACUGAAAGAACAUAAUAUUCGAACAGGAAUAAUUGGUAAGAAGCAUGUUGGACCAGGUGAUGCAUAUCCAUUUGAUUUUUCAUACACUGAAGAGAACGAGUCCAUCUUACAAGUGGGCCGUAACAUCACCAGAAUUAAACAUCUCGUUAGAGAAUUUCUUUCCACUAACGGAACUCAGCCUUUCUUCCUUUACGUUGCAUUCCAUGAUCCACAUCGUUGUGGCCAUACUCAUCCUGAAUAUGGUAAUUUCUGUGAGAAAUUUGGUAAUGGAGAUGUUGGAAUGGGCACUAUCCCCGAUUGGAAUCCUAUUUAUUAUCAGUGGGAACAAGUGAAGGUACCUUAUCACGUUCAAGACACUGAAGCAGCUAGAAGGGACAUUGCUGCUCAGUAUACAACGAUCUCUAGAUUGGAUCAGGGAGUCGGAUUAGUUUUGAAGGAGUUAGAAGAUGCAGGUUUCAAGGACAAUACACUCGUAAUGUACACUUCUGAUAAUGGAAUACCUUUUCCAAGUGGACGUACCAAUCUCUAUGAUCCAGGUAUUGCGGAACCACUUAUGAUCUCUUCACCAUACCACAAACAGCGAAGGAACGAAGUGACAUACAGUAUGACAUCGUUAGUCGACAUCGUACCUACUCUUUUGGACUGGUUCAAUGUGUCAUAUUCCAAGCUGUCCGUAGAUGACAACGAGGUCUCAUUUCCACCUCUUACUGGCAAAUCACUUUUGCCACUUUUAAUUCAAGAACCAAUUGAAGAUGAUACCGCUGUGUUUUUAAGCCAGACACAUCAUGAAGUAACAAUGUACUAUCCCAUGCGUGCUAUCAGGACGAAGCAUUACAAGUUGAUUCAUAAUAUCAACUACAAGAUGCCAUUCCCCAUUGAUCAGGACUUUUACUUAUCACCAACUUUUCAGGAUCUACUGAACAGGACACAAUCAAAUCAGCCACUUCGCUGGUAUAAGAAUUUAAAGAGUUAUUAUCAAAGACCAGAGUGGGAGCUGUAUGACUUAAAAUAUGAUCCGGAAGAAUUGAGUAAUAUUGCUCAGAAGACAUCAUCUAAGGAUAUAUUUGCUAGUCUCCGAAAACGACUAUUUAAAUGGCAAGAGGAGACGAGAGAUCCCUGGCUUUGUGCACCGGGUGGCGUUCUUGAAGAACAGGGUGAAUACAAGAAUAAUGCCCAGUGCAUGCCGUUGUAUAAUAUGGAUUACUGACUUAAGAAUUCCCAGAAGCAAUAUUUUUUAUUAGAAUAGAUGGUGGGAGUAGUAAGUAAACAUUCAAAUUUAUGAGAUUAUAUAUACAGCAUUAGAAAUAUGCUGUUGGGUUAUCUAGGUGGUGCAAAUAUUAAACAUACUCAGUUAAU